UUGGCCUUUAAAAUUGAAAGUCCAAAGUGAUACAUGAUACAUAAGCAUUGAAUGUCUGUCACACAGCUCCCAAGAGGAUAUCAUAGUAGUAAAAUUGAGUUUUCUGUGGCUUAGUGCUGCUGUUUUCUUAAGAAAAAAAAAAAAAAGCCUUGAUGCUAAGACAUGAACAUUUCUGAUGGUUAAUGUUGAGUGUUCUUGGAAAAAUAUGUUAAAGAGAAUAUAAUGUCAGUGUGUCAAUGGCACCCAAGAGGAGGCAACACUAACUAGAAGAGACUUGUAGACGGCAACCCUUUAAUCUUUAAGGGAAGAAAUCAGCCAAGUCUUUGGUAAAAAAGCAAUCCCUUUAUGCAAAGACAUCAGAAGUCCAACAUGACUGGAUUUCUUUGUGUAUAUCUAGGCACUUUGGCUAAUUUCCCCCUAAAAGAAAUGUUGACAUCAGGCAAACUGUACUAGCUGCCUUUUCACUCAAAGAGAAGCAAACAUCUUUCCCCACUUCCAAGAAUGGUUAACUUGAAAGCAGGGUCCAAAAUUAGAAGGGUUUUCAACAGCAUUAACUGUGGUUUCUAAAUUUCCGUUUACUUCUUUUUUCUCCCUUUGGACAGAGUCUGUUGGAAAUAUGUUCAGUAAGCCAAGUAUUUUACCUGCAAAAAUUGGAACAGGUAUGGGAAAAGGCUUUCAACUAGCCCAGAUGAAUCUGGUCUAGAUUUGAGAUUUCUAGCAGUUCCAAGAUAGUCAUAUUUGGGGCAGCACAGGCCUGUUUUAUUGCUGAUUGAAAUAAUGAAAUACCCUUUGACUUGCUCAGUGGCAAAUUUGAACUAAUCCUUCCUAAAGCAAAACCUUAUGGGCUCUAAGACAUGGUGCCUCUGCUUUGCCGUGAUAGAAAAAAGUUUGUUUACAUUUUUGCCAUCUUGCCCUAAUUCUUCUUAUGGAGGAAGGAUACUACAGGAUGAGGUAGGGGCAUUUGUCAGAACAAGGAAUUUUGCAGACCACUUACAUUGGCACAAAGUGAUGCUACUCUGUAUUAGGAAGUGAAAUGUAAUGGGCAGGCCUUAAUAUCAAAAUAAUCUUAAGAUCCAGAUGAGCAAAAUAAGUGCCUUUUGACACAUUAGUGACAGUGACCCAUUUUUAGGUCAAUUGGAGACACAAGUCCUGUAUUUUCUAUAUAUCUAUAUAAGUAUACUGUAGAGAUACAAUGAGAAUAUCUUGAAGGUUCAGAUUAUUUUUUGUGUGUGUUUAGAUUCCUUUCUUUCUAUACCUCGAGUAGACCUUUUAGCCUGGAAAACAAAAAUGUUUGAAAUGAUGCCAUAUUGAUGAUAAAGCCAGCCUGUUUUCUAGUGCUGUCGAGACUGGAACAUGGAGCAACAGAUUGGAGCAAGUACAGGAAAAUAUUAUGUUACUGAAAUCAGCUAUCUGCCACCAGGGGACAGUGUCGGUCUGUUGCCCAGCACACCAAGCUACUUUGAAAGCCAGGAAAAUCAUGACUGGGUUUGAAGGCAAUAGCAGAGGUUUAUUCAACUAGCCAGAUGGAUGGUAGAACAACAUAAUUGCCAAAAGAACUGCCAUACCUCAUACAGAAAGGUGCAGCACAUUUUAUACAGUUUGAAAGCUAUUUAAACUUCUCACUCCCUCUCCUGGUUGGUCAGGAGACAUGUUUCUUAGGAUCUGCCUUCUCGUUGGCUGAGAUAUCCUUCUGACAUCACAGACCAGGGGAGAGAGGAAGAGAGAACAGCUGGGAUCAAAAUCAAAGGUCUGUUGUGUCCGCCUCUGAGGAGUGUGGGCCCCAUUAUCCAGAAUUGAAAGAAUGGGUAUUUAGCACUAAUGGGUGUUGGAAGCUUAGAAUAAUCUCUACACAAAGAGUGAGGCUUGGGAAACUGUAAAGUCAAUCAAGUCUUUGCGGAGUCCUGGGUCCUGGGAAUUGCUGGCAAUCAGUCUCUCACCAGGGAGUGCACUGGAAGAAUCUGUGUUGUUUUUCAAGAUAGGCACAUAAUCCAAAGUCACACAAGCACUAUAUAAUAUAAAUUAUUAUAUUUGAUAACCUUAGGUCUAAUUGAUCUGUCUGUUGUACAGCAGGGGCUCAAUUAUAGAAACAGAAUGGUAACAUAUCGGAGCUGCCAGUUUGAUCAGUGAAAAAGUUAGGAAAAAAGGAAAGAGGCACCCAGAGAGAAAGAGCCGGGUCUGUUUCAUUAAAGAAAUGUAUGAGUCCAUUCAGAUAGAUAGAGAGAUAGAUAGAUAGACAGACAGACAGACAGACAGAUAAUUUAUUUAUUUAAUUUAUUGAUGCAUGUGCACGUGUUUCUUGGUGCUACAGGGUAAGGGAAUUUUAUCUGUUGUAGUCUUCUUCAUGGUGGUUUUUAAAAAGUGUCUGGAUAUCCAUCCAUUGGGAGUGGGUCCCAAUGAUCUGUCUGAGUUGGUAAGGUAUUGCAUUCCUUAAAAAGUUAAAAACCAUAUUUAUGUGGAUUACAGACAUCUGCAGAAUUUAAGUCAGUACUUGCUGAUGCUGUGGGGAGAAGCUACACUGUGGGAUGCCUGAGUUUUAUUUCUGACUUAGCUACAAACAGUCUCUGCCGUAAAGAGUUUGCUAUUCCCUGUACUUUGCAGUGUGCAGAGGUUUCAUUUAUUAAUGUAUGUAAAGCACUCUGAGAUCCUCAGAGGAAAGCAGGGGGGAGAACUGCAUCUGAAAAAGCCUGCUGUGUGCAUAUGAAAUCUGCACUGCGGACCAGAGAGCAAGAUUUUGUGCCAAAUAUGUCUGAACAAAUUCAUACCUCUGAGACAGCACUACACAGUGGGCUAUGAAACGUGUGCUGCCCCCCUGAGGACUCUUAUUUCAUUACACCCUUCAGAGCUACAAAGAAUCAAAAGGCUCAAUGUUUCUUAAGACUACCAUUAAUUGCAGAGCAGGACCACACAAUAUGAGAACCAGCUGCAGAGUAUGAUCUGUUUCUAAGACCUUUAUAAAAGAGUUUUAUUCUGCACCACUCUCUGUAUGUAAUCCAGUUAUAAAAUCCUCAUGGUUGACUCUUGGCAUUGACUGUUAAGAUUGCCAGGUGGCCAGAAUCUUAUAAGCCGAGUCAGAAUUGAGGAAGGGGCAAGCUUGUUUUUUGCUGCUAUAGAUAAUAUGAUAUGGAACAGUGGAAUCAAAUCGCAGGAAAAGAGAUUCCACCAGAACAUUAGGAAGAACAUCCUAAAGAGAUUGGCUGAUGCAGCAGAGAGGUUUCAGAAAGCCCAUCGCUGGCAAGACAACAUCAAGGAAGAAAAUAUUGAAUACUAUGACUCCAAGGCUGAUACAGAAUAUGAUGAUCUAGAUGGAGAAGAAAUUGAAAGAGAUACUUCUAACUCUUUGAAGCUGGAAUUCACAGAUGAUGAAAAUUUUAAAACCAAGGUUAACUACUCUUAUGCUGCUGUGCAGAUACCUACAGACAUCUACAAAGGCUCCACUGUCAUCCUCAAUGAGCUAAACUGGACUGAAGCCUUGGAAGAUGUAUUUGUUGAAAACCGGAAAGAAGACCCAUCAUUGCUAUGGCAGGUCUUCGGAAGUGCCACAGGUGUGACCCGCUUCUACCCAGCCACCCCUUGGAGAGCACCCAAUAAGAUUGACCUGUAUGACGUCCGACGAAGGCCUUGGUAUAUCCAAGGAGCCUCAUCUCCAAAGGACAUGGUUAUCAUCGUGGACGUGAGUGGCAGUGUUAGUGGCCUGACACUGAAGCUGAUGAAGACGUCGGUCUAUGACAUGCUGGACACACUGUCAGAUGAUGACUACGUGAAUGUGGCCUCGUUUAACCAAAAGGCACAGGCCGUAUCCUGCUUCACUCAUUUAGUCCAGGCAAAUAUCCGCAACAAGAAGGUCUUCAAAGAGAAAGUGGAAGUAAUGGAGGCUCGGGGAACCACCGACUACAAGGCAGGCUUUGAGUUUGCCUUUGAACAGCUGCAAAAUUCCAACAUCAGCAGAGCCAAUUGUAACAAGAUGAUCAUGAUGUUCACCGAUGGAGGAGAGGAUCGGGUUCAGGACGUGUUUGAGAAGUAUAACUGGCCCAACAAGACUGUACGAGUGUUCACUUUUUCUGUCGGGCAGCAUAACUAUGAUGUCACUCCCCUGCAGUGGAUGGCUUGUGCUAACAAAGGUUAUUACUUUGAAAUUCCCUCCAUUGGAGCAAUCCGAAUCAAUACACAGGAAUACCUGGAUGUUCUAGGAAGACCCAUGGUCUUAGCAGGAAAGAAGGCAAAACAGGUUCAGUGGACCAAUGCCUAUCAGGAUGCUUUGGGUCUGGGCUUGGUGGUGACGGGCACUUUAGCAGUGUUCAAUCUCACUGAUGAUGGGAGUGGUGAAAAGAAGAAUCAGCUCCUCUUGGGUGUUGUGGGAAUCGAUGUGGCUCUUAAUGACAUCAAGAAGCUGACACCACGAUACAAUUUAGGGGCUAACGGUUAUAUAUAUGCUAUUGAUCUGAAUGGAUAUGUAUUGCUACAUCCAAAUCUACGACCUCAGAUCAUCAAUUUCCAAGAACCUGUCACUCUGGAUUUCCUUGAUGCUGAACUAGAAGAUGAUAACAAAGAGGAUAUUCGAAGAAGAAUGAUUGAUGGAGAGAGAGGGACACGAAACGUCUGGACUUUGGUCAAGUCUCAAGAUGAGAGAUAUCUAGAUAAAGUCCACAGGAUGUAUACCUGGGCACCUAUCAAGAGUACAAACUAUAGCCUAGGUUUAGUCUUGCCACGUUACAGCACCUAUUACAUCCGGGCUAACCUGAGUGACCAGAUUCUCCAGGUGAAGUUACCAAGCAAAUUGAAGGAUUUUGAAUACCUGCUGCCAAACAGCUUUGAGUCCGAGGGACAUGUGUUCAUUGCUCCAAGAGAAUAUUGCAAAGACCUCAACCUGUCGGAUAACAACACUGAAUUCCUGGAAAACUUUAUCGCCCUCAUGGAAAAGGUGACACCUGACUCCAAGCAAUGUGAUAAUUUUCUCCUUCACAACCUUAUCCUGGACACAGGCAUUACCCAACAGUUGGUUGAAAGAGUAUGGAGGGACCAAGACUUAAACACAUAUAGCCUCCUAGCUGUGUUUGUUGCAACUGAUGGUGGCAUUACCCGUGUUUUCCCUAACAAAGCUGCUGAAGAUUGGGAAGAAGACCGGGAACCCUUCAAUGCCAGCUUCUAUCGGCGAAGCCUAGAUAACAAAGGCUAUAUUUUUAAGCCACCUUAUCGGGAUGCCAGCUACAGAGGGCUGGAGCUGGAAAACAAUACAAUUGGAAUCCUUGUUAGCACAGCUGUUGAGCUCAACUUUGGUGAGAGGCACCUGAAACCAGCAGUGGUUGGAGUGAAACUUGACCUGGAAGCCUGGGCAGAAAAAUUUAAAGUCCUUGCAAGUAACCGAACAGAAAGGGAUCAGCUGGGAACACGAAGAUGUGACCCCUCCACUGGCUGUGAGAUGGACUGUGAGGCUAAUUACAAGGAUCUCCUUUGUGUGCUCAUUGAUGACGGGGGAUUUUUGGUGCUCUCCAAUCAGGAGGAUUACUGGAUGCAGGUAGGCAAGUUCUUCAGCGAAGUGGAUGCGCACUUGAUGUCUGCUCUCUUCAACCAUUCAUUUUUCACAAAAAAAGAAUCAUACGACUUCCAAUCUGUCUGUGCCACAGAAGCUCCAAGCAACACAGGAGGAGCACCACGUGGAGUUUAUGUGCCAACAAUGGCAGAUUUUCUGAAUCUAGCCUGGUGGACCUCAGCAGCUGCAUGGUCUCUAUUUCAACAGUUCUUGUAUGGGCUAACCUACAACAGCUGGUUUCAAACAGAAGAUGUCACUGCAGAAGGAAUGGAGUCCAAGGAGACCAGCUGCAUCAUGAAGCAGACCCAGUACUACUUUAGUACACCUAACAAUACUGAUAUCAACUUUAUUGACUGUGGAAAUUGCUCUAGGCUAUUCUAUGCACAAAGACUGGCCAGCACCAAUCUUCUGUUUGUUGUCGCAGAAAAGCCAAUAUGCAGCCAAUGUGAAUCCACCAAGCUUCUUCAAGCAGAGAUUAAGGCUCCGCCGGGAGAUCGCAAUCAAUGUGAGCUAGUAGAAAGGCCACGAUAUCGAAAAGGUCCCCACGUCUGUUUUGACUACAAUGCAACAGAAGACACCUCAGACUGUGGCAGAGGAGCCUCCUUCAGGCCGUCCUUGAGUGUCUUGUUAUCUCUGCAGCUGCUCCUCCUCUACUUGACUGCCAGUUGCCAUCCACUGCCCUCGGCAUCUUGCCUUUGAAACAUCCAUUUAGUCUAGCCCAUCCAUUUUUGUUUUAUGCACCAUCUCCAUCCCCUCCAGACUUGCCAGAGGAGGGCAGCUGCCUACUCUCAUUAGCUCUGGUCACACCUUGGCACGCCCUCAUGAGGACCGUCUCGUUCUUCACUCAGAAGUCCAGAAGCUAUGCUCAUUGUUUGUUUCUCGUUUUCCUCCAUCCUCUCCUUGCCCUUGCACAGCAGGUUGUGCAAACACAAGAGCUCUGGGCAAGACUUGGGGAAGCACGACCCAUCGUGGCCCGCUCCACCUCGUGAACAUCCUUAGGCUUUUAUUCAUUGCGCCUCUUCUCACCCAUCAAGUGUUGGCCAAAUACCAAGAACAGUGGCCUCAUACCGUUUCCCACCCCACCCCCCAUUGAAUCUGUGGAAUUCUGGGAGACCUUUGUCAGUUCCAUCAGGAGAGUUCUCAUGAUUUUCUUGUUGUUAAAAAAAGUAUUCAUUCAACAAUGCUGACAGAUUACUAUUCUGUUUGAAACAAUUUACCUUCCCAUCCCAAACAUGGAAAACAGUGCUGGCAACAACAACGAUGAAAAAUUAUAAUAGAAAAGAAAAAUAUUCUUGCCAAAUUGAUUCUUUAGUCUAGUUAACUUUUCAGCCAAAUCCAGUGGCUUCUCAAACUCAAAGUAAUCCUAGGAUGUCACUGCAGCAUUUCCAUCCCACUCAAUACACUCUGUGCUUUCUGAGGCCUUCAUUGCUGAGUCUCUCAUCAGUUAGAUCCCAUCUCAAAUCAAUUUUUCAAUUAUUAUUUUUAGCCUGAAAUUUUUAAUCUAGAUCUUUCUAAAACAUUUAAUUUUCAAGCAUUUUAGACAGAUAAAUUAUGAUAUUUAUUGUCAGCAACAAAAACACAAAGAAAAAAGUUUUGACUUGAAUUUUAUGGUCAGUAUUAUUUAUUUAAACUCCAAACUAAGAGGAGAUGGAAAGCAAGCAGGGAUGGAAAAAUAUGUGGGCAUACCAUUCUAGGAACACAUUCAUGGUUGGCAGGUACAGUAGCUCUCAUUGUCUUGGGCAAAAUGAACAGCAAGAUAGUCUCGCUCUAGUGGGCAACAAAUAUAGCCCAAACUCAAUAAUCCCUGACUCGUCAUUUAUUUUGCCUGUCCCAAUCCUUAAUGGAUGCAGAUAUGUUUGAAGUCAGUCAAGAAAACAAGACCAUAUAUUCUCAUUCCCAAAUCACUGGAAAGACUACACUAUGAACUUUUUACAGUAUCCUACCUUUGAGGUUGGCCAAUGGUGGAGUUGGCUAAACAAAAAUGACCUCCUUCCUAGUUUACAGUGUCUCAUUUCUAGUAAAAGAUAUUGUACACCAUACUGGCAACAGCAGACUGUGCCAAACCAAACAAGGAAGGUGAUAGCCAAAGGUUUUCUUCCUCGAUGUUGUACAGAAACUGGACGGUAUGCUUAUAGUGCCCUCCAUUUAUCCAGUCUAGGGAUUACAGAGGUGAAUAGAGCACAGCUGAGCCUCAAAAAGGCAAAUAUCCUGCAGACAGCUGAUUCUCUUCAGUGUCAAUGCACUUUAGGAGGGAAGUAUGAAGGUGUUAUAAUAAAGGACAGCUGUCAUUCAGCUGAUACAGAACAGGACAUGUUAAGUGGCUCUGUAGGCACACUUUCCAUGGUUGAAAUUGUUACUGAUGGCAGCAGCCGCACAAUGUGUUGCAAAUUUUAAAAUACAUCACUGCUUAGGACCUUCCUAGGGCAAAUUGCCAGCCUUUGUGCCUACUGCUUGUGCACAUACAGUAAUAAACAUACCUUUCUCAUUUAAUAUGAACUGAGAGGCUUAGUCACAAGACAGUUCUAAAAUCUCUUCAGCUAAAUGUCCCACAUCUUCCAGUGCAUUGCCUCUGCGCUUGGGAGUAGCCAGCAAAAUUGGAAGAAUCUUCUCUCUUUCCUAUGAUGUGAGAGCUGCUACUGAAAAUUCACGUCGGAGCAAUGUGAAGAACUGCAGCAAUGUACGCUAGUAGUUUGACACAGUUUCAUCAAUGGGAAGCAGUUAAUUGCUGUUUCGGUAACUGAUGGUCUUUUGCUGCAGCACAAUAUGAUGUGGUACAACGUACAGUAGCAUGAAAUGUGCACAAUAGUGCACCUCAUUUUGACCUCAUGUGCUCAUUUUCUCAACCAAAAGCCUUUUCCAAUGAACUGAUCCCUGACACACAACUGUUCAUGCGUGUGCUAUGAUUUUCAAUUGCAUUUAUUACCAAGAAAUACAGAAAGCAAAGAUGUCACAGUUGCAUCAAUCUGUAUUUUUCUGAGCAACCAAUUUCAUGAACUAAUUCUAUGAACCAUAGUCUCUGUGGGAAAUUUCUGUAAUCCUGGCUGGGUGUUUCAGUACUAAACCAAAUGUUUGGUGAAAGCGUUCAGGAAGGAAUGAGGUGUACCUGCAUCCUUCUACACUGACAUCUCAACUUGUGUGUGACAAGGACUCUGCUCCACAGCUGUUUCAUUGCAAGACAAAUGGGCAUCAACACAUUUGGUCCAUCUUGCAAAGGUUCAGUGGGUUCAAAAUCGUACCAAAGUAUGCAGUGUAGACUAUCUUCAGAGAUGUUACCUGAAAUAGAAUUUCUGCGAUCCUGGUCUAGUACAGCUUGAAUUGUGAAAACGGGUCACUACUAUACUAAAUAUACUAGUGUGGUGCAUGUCUUGUGCAAAAAAAAAUGUUGAGAGCUGGAAGAAGACCUUUGGAGAACAUAUUGUAGUGCAUUUUCUUCCUUUCCAAUGAUCCUUGUUCUUGAGACCUGGGGAAAACUGGUUUCUUAAAUCUCACAAAAAGCAGCUCCAUUUUAACUUCUCUGUCCACAUGGCCCGAGAUGUAACUGCCAAUUGAAUGCCAUUUGUUUCAAAUCGGUGACUAAAAGGGUCUUGCCUCCCAAGUCUUUCACUAGAUGGUGCAUCUGGUGCUAAGAGUAAUUGUAUUGCUUCAUUGGUCUUGUACAGGUUUUUAGAAGAGUAAAGUGGAACGUUCUAAACAACUCUAACUCUGACAUAACAAUAGAAUACAGUACUGGUAUUUAUAGAAUACAUUCCCAGUACUGAUCAGUUACACUGGUUGUAGAGACACUUCCAGUACCUCACUGGUCAAUGCCAAACUGUGCCAAAUUGUGUGAUUGUUUUGUGAUGUGAGCAACUGUCUGUGGUGUGCUUGGCUGAAAUUCCCCCAGUUCAUUCCACUUCAGUCUGGCUAACACCAUGGCUCUUUUAUGCCACUUGUUCUGUGACUUCAUUUGGCUAGUGCGUUGGAUCAACCAUAUAUCCAUAAGGUGUACCUUCUUAAUAGCUGAUAUUGAGAAGUGGAGAAAGCCCAGGCUUUCCAGGAGAAGGCAAAGGGUCCACAGUACUUGUCUUCUCUACAGAGAGCUUAUUUUGUAUAAAGGCCUUUCCCAUCUUCUUGUGCACCUUGACAGACUGGCAAUACAGGUACUUGGUUCUUGAUCAGAAACGAGAUUGGUUGUUGUGGUAUUUUAUAUCACAUGAUCAUUUAAGAUUAAAUAGCCAUUGUAAUCAAAUUAUUAGUAUUUCACUUUUAAUAAUAAUAAAUUUUAUUUGUUAUCUCAUGGCUCGAGAUGAGAUACCAGAUAAAACACAAUACCAUUAAAAUAUAUAUUAAAAUACAUACUACAAAGAUUAAAACAUGAUACUAAUAGAAUGUAAAUUUAAAAUUCAUAGUUUAAAAUUGACUGGGUAGGCCUGCCAGAAGAGAAAGGUCUUUAAUUGUGUCUUAAAAUUUGACAGCUCAUUUAACUGUCAGAUCUCUUCUGGCAGGUCAUUCCAGUCACUGAGAGCCAACCCAGUCCCUUGAAAGAAAUAGAUAUUACUUUCAAAGUCGAUCACACCCAACGAAGUAUAAUCACAAAUUUUUAAUAAGGAAAUCGUUUGGCAUUCAGAUGUAGCACCAAUAGUGUGAGGCGGGUUAGCCCCACUUCCCCAAAUCCUGAUCAACCAUGAAAGAUUAAACAAAAAAAGUGAGAUGCUUGGCAGACAUUUCUUUAAAUAUCCAGUGUUGGCAGCAAUCAAUUUCCAUUUUAUUUUUGCUGCAAACACAUACCACUUACUAGGGCAGAUUUGUCUUUGCUUCACACCCAUGUUUCAAAGUGGAUGUCUACAUUUGGUUUUAAAAAUCAACUGAUUCAUAGACAUCUACCCAGUUAAGUGUACAAUUCCACAGGGUUAUUUUUAAUAAAGCAGAAUCAGUAUUUUAGAUGUUGAAAAUAAUUAAAGAGGGAGAUGACUAAUUGGCAUUACUGGUUCCAACCAAGCUUCUGCUACAACCAUGUAGAACUGGUUUCCUCUGUGCCCAUCCCAGAGGAUUUCAUGACAAAUCUAAACAAAAUACUUAGGAUCGUGCUUACAUAGGGAUUGAGCACUAAAAUUAUAUACAUUGGUAUACAACCUUGUGCUUUCCACAUCAAAGGUUAUCAUUGGGAGGGCAAAACUGAAAAUGAUUAGGGAGAACAGCUGAUGGAACACUUCAGAUCACUUCUAUUGGGGAUGGACCAGCAGUUUUUUAACAUUACACAAUACAAACUAAACUCCCUCCCUCCCUCCCAGUAACUUGCAGUCUUUCUGAAAAGACAACUAGUUAUGUUUGAACUUUUGCUUUGCAUGUAGGUUACAGAUAUCACUAAAUUCUUCAUAAAUGAUGGUAACAUUUGUUUAGCAGAAGUUGUAGUCCAUUAAAGCUCCAGAGAUUGGACAGAUAAAUUACCUGGUAAAAUGUAUUUACAUCUAGCAUAAAUAUCCCAACGACAGCUCUGUACUUUCCUGGCACUGAGUUCAGUCUCCCUUUCCUUGGGGAGUGAAGGCUCCCGGACAGAGAACACUGGAGACAAGAUGGAAGAUCUCCAGAUAGCCCCACAUCAGGCAGAUCACAGGUUGCAUCGUGGCAGAUUCCCCUCUCUUAGCAAUCAUUCUGAUCACACCUGGACAUCAAAGGGAAUUCAACCUCUGCCAUUCUGAAUCAAGUAAUCAGUCACUAUCAGAGGUUACAGAUGCCAUACUGAUUUCAACUCCUUUCAGCUGUGAUAUUUGUGAAAGUCAUGUUUCGAUACCCCUGAUAAAGGCUGAUAAAGACUAAGGCCAAAAGGGAUUGAGGUGGAAGGUUUCCCUUUGCCAUUAACACACUCCUUUAGUUCAACAAUACUCCUUCCUCGUGUUUGUUUUUCACAAUAAUUACAAGGAAGAAACAAAGGCCUUGUUUUUCUGAGUUUCAGAGCCAAAGAGGGCAAGAUUUGGAUCGUGAGCUAUUCCUAAUAUGAGACAACAAUGUCUUGUUUUUAACUGAAGUGGGUGGUUUUUUUUUUAAAAAAAAAACUGUUUUUAUUUGAUUUUUGUUGGAGGGUAAGUGUUUGUGCAUGAGCUGAUGGCAAUGCUGUAUGUGCAGAUCUGAAGAUGGAAAGCAGUACCUUGGUUAUUCCCCUGCUGAGAUCUUUCAUGUGAAUGUAUAAAUAAGUGUAAAUGGCUGAUAUAGGUAACCACCGGCUGUUUCCAAACUGCUGAUCAAAAAUGUAAAUGAGGGCUGGUAAACCCAUUCCUUGCAAAGUUUGAGUUCUCUCUAAGGUAUCCUUGAGACUGGUCAUAUCAACAGUCAAAACCGCACCUGGUUUAUAAUUACAUACCUCCAGUCUUUCUUCCAGAUAAAUCCACUACAGGCAGAUGGAGACAGUAUUAAGGAGGAGAGAUGGGGAAGGUGACAGCACUGCUUUCUUUCUUUGUCUCUAGAGAGUACAGAACUAGUAGAAAUUGUAGCCUCGUAGAUCAUCAUUACUGAGUCUAUGGUAGUAAAGGAAUGGAAAUAUUUUUCCAAGAUCUUAAAACAAUGAAAGAAGAGAAAGCAAGAGAACCCAAACCAGGAAAGAUUGAAAGAGUACUAACCUGAACUACAUGGAUAUUCUAAGUUAGAUAAGACAUGGUAAUGAGAAAUUUGAACAUCACACUGGUUUCCAGAAUUUUUGAGAAUAGUAAAUGCACUCAAGAGAGUUAAAACUGUGAAGAAAACGGAUCUCUAGGGAAGAAAAGACUUGAUCAAUGUGGGAAGUUUGUGGCUGAAAGGAGCCAGUAAAAUUUAAGGGAGUCAUUCCAAGUUAAGGACAACCCCAUUCUAAUAAGCCUCAGGAAAAAAAUACCUGAUGGCUUCUUAGGCCUUUCCUGUCUGCCAGUUUGUUCUCAAAAUAUGGAAAACAGUUGUAAGACAUAGGUGUAAUUCAAACCUCCCAACAGGCCUAAUCAAUUAAAAAACCCAUUUAAGCAAAAACAAUGUGUUUUGGUAGGACGAUGGGAAAGGGUAAGUCCAUAAGCCUGAUACGGACCUGGAAGUGUGACUCCGGAGCCCAGGGAGCAGGGAGACAAUUCAUUAAUAACGACAAGGUUAAAGGUCAUUUUGCUUGUAGCUUUUUCAGUGUGUGUUUGGUUAUGUCUAUGGGAAAACGUGCUUUGCCCAGAUGGCUGGCUCUGUGUUACCAGGAGUGUGUGUAAAUCUGUAGUCUAGUCAGGUGCUGCUCAUUUGAGAAAAAAAAUUAAAAAAGAAAUAUACAUAACUAUAAAUAUAUAUAUAUUAUAUUUUAAGUUAAAAAACAAAAAGCAAAACAUUGAGAAGCUGUUCUUACAGCUGCUAGGACCUUAUUCCUAUCAUUCCUCAUUUGAAUUUUUUUCUUUCUGAUAAUUCAAACUUUUUUAUUAUUAUUUUAAUUUCUUUUUUUGUACAGAAGAGUUGGAAAAUUUAAAAAAGACUAAAAUCUUUGUAAAAUAUUGUGUGUGUGAUUCCUUGUAAAAUAUUUUCAAAUUGUUUAUUACAGAGGAUCAGUUAUUAAAUAAUGUUCAUAUUUUCA